AUCUUUAAUUCGGCGCGCGCUGCGCGGGAUCUGCUAGAAAAGCGCGGCGCAACGUAUUCGGACAGGCCGCGCUUUGUGCUGUUCAAUGAAUUAAUUGAGAGCUUCAAACCCAACAUGGCUCUGCUGUCCUAUGGCGAUGAAUGGCGGAAACAUCGGAAGUGGUUCCAGAUGGCGCUUUCCAGCAGAGUCUCCCUCGACAGUUAUUGUCCAAUGCAGCGGUACGCAGCCGGAGUGUUCAUGGAAAUCAGCUACGGCCACACCGUCACCUCAGUGGAUGACAAGUUCAUCCGCAUGGCAGAUGAAGCUGGGGCUGAGAUCCUCGAAAAUUGGCGUCAAGUAUAUGCCAACAUGGUUACCGGGCCGGGGAGCUUCAAGCGCAGAGCACUCGAGCUCGGGCAGUUCACGAGGGAUACGAUGAGCCUACCUUACGAGAAUGUCAAGGCUGAGAUGGCGUCCGGAUCGGCCAGACCCUCGUAUACUGCUACUCUCCUGACAUCAUUUGUUCUUGCCAUGGUGCUUUACCCCGAGGUGUACCGAAAGGCUCAGACAGAGAUGGACGCGGUGGUAAGGCAAUCAAGGCUUCCGAACCCGGAUGACAGACCUAUGUUGCCAUAUCUGGAAUGCGUUCUGAAGGAGGUGCUUCGAUGGUGCUGUCCCGCACCGCUUGGUGAGGCCAUGAUGCAAGAUGCAGACGUGUAUUCAGACCCAGAAGCCUUCAAUCCUGAUAGUUUCCGCGACAUUACCGAUGACACAGGAGACGCACUCGAUCCGCAUACAAUUGUUUUCGGGUUCGGAAGAAGAAUCUGUCCUGGCUGUUUGCUGGCAGACUCAAAUGCGUGGCUGGUGGCAGCAAAUCUUGUGGCAACCAUGGAUAUACGACGAGAAUGUGAUUCAUCAGGACAAAAAAUCAUUCCAGUACCAGUGUUUACCUCGGGGACUGUUAGACACCCUCACCCAUUCCCUUGCAAGAUCCAUCCGCACUCGAAUAAAGCAGUGCAUAUUAUCGGAGAGUCAAACGAUGAAGUGGAAGCUUGACAAUAUCAUGUUUCAAUGUGUUUCACUAUCGAGUGAUCCCAUGCCUGACGUAGUAGCGUCCAUAAAAUUCUGACGCUAUAUACCAAUGCUGUUGCGCUUGACCUGCU